AAUACAAAGAAAAAUAGAAGGAUAAAAUAGUAAUUAUCGCAAUAUAUUAUCCUAUUGUGAGCGUCUUUGCAAACUCCUAUCCUACCAGUCCGGCCGGCUAGAGAGCUGCCUAGACUCCGUCGAGAGACAGUCCCACCCAAAUCACAAACUCUCUCAAGGAGGUAAGCAAAGAGGGAAAUGGAGAAGUAUUUUGGCAAUGCGUAUAGAGGUGACCCCGGUGUCCCGCAUGCUGAUCCAGACCGCUUCUGGAACAUAUGGAUUGGAUCAGCUACCUUUUCAGCUCUCACCUGGUUCAAUCCUUACAUGUGGCAACUCUCUAACCAGUUCAACUGGCACGACAAAGCCAUGUUGUUUGAACAAUAUCACUGGAAGAAAGCAAUGAAGAAAGGGCAGCCUUACAAGUUUAAGUGGAACGAGUACAUGGAUAAGGACCACAGAGAUUCUUAUUAUGCCAACUGGCCUGUUUAUUUCCCCUAGUUUUCUUUGUCUCUAUAUAUAUAGGCAUGAACUUCCAUCUUUUGGUCAUGAACUUUUAGACCAAUGAGAUUCUUAUGGCUUUUGUUAUGACUAUAUAUGUUAACUUUCUUGCGAAAGCAUUGAACUUUAAUAGCAUAAUCUUUACUUUGUCCCUUGAUAA